AUGAAAUGCAAAAUACAUUGUAGAUCUUUUAUUUUUAUAUCCAUAUGUUUAUGUGUAAUUUCAUUAUUUUAUAUAUCUUUAUCGAAUUUAUAUGAAGUAAAUAUAGUUCCAUCCAUAAAAUGUAGUGUAAUAAUAUCACGAAAUUUAUCUGAAUUUGAAAAUGAAAAUAGUAAUAAUACACAAAGAAAAAAUACAAAGAAUCAUUUGGAAGAAACAAAUGAAAGGACCUCCAAUUCCUGUAACAAUAAAGGAGUUACAUUAAAAAAUAAAGGUUACAAUGAUAUAUCAAAAAAUUUAACAGAAAAAGAAUUAUUUGAUGUUCUAAAUUCAUUAGAAGAAUGUCCACCCUUAGAAGAUCUUAAAAAUAUAUGGUCUCACACACUUGGUGUUGCAAAAGAAGGUUUGGAUGAUAUAUUAAAAGAGUUAAAAGCACCAAUAAAAAAAAACUUAGACAAUGAUAAUUAUCUAUGGGAUGAUUCUAAGAAACGUUGGUUCUCUGAUUAUGUAUGUAAAAAAUAUCGUUCUAAAUUUUGUCAAUCUUUGAUAAAGGAAGAGGUGGAAUACACUAAAACAUUUUUUAGUUUAAUUAAUGGUAAACAUACACUUGAUGAGAUAUUAAAAUUUAUUUAUUCCUACUUAGAAUAUUUUCAAAUAUUAAAAAAAGAAUUAUAUGAAGAAUACAAAGAAAAACUCUUAAAAAAACUUGAAUAA